AGCUGUUCCUCUUGUGUGGUUUGUUCUUUUCUUGGUUCUAAGUGUGCAUGCAAGCCCCAGCUCCAGUCGUCUUUUUCCUACCUUUGGCCUCUCGUGCUGUCACAGUCUGUUCUCCUUGAUGCCCUGAGAGAUGAGUUGGGCUUGUUUCUGCUCAGUUUCCCAACCAUAGGGAUGAUGGAGGAGGAAGAGGACGGUGUGAUACUUUUUUUCUGAGGAGGAGGCCACAACCUCCUUAAAAGCGGAAACUAGGUGUGGCCCUCCACAGCACCCCUCCUCAGCCAUCCAGGGCUCAUUCUCCACCCUCAAGUGAGAUCUGGGGUUCCAGUCCCCUUGGCAGCUUCUCCUUCUUUCCCUGAGCAUCCUGCAUCCCAAUACCAUCAUCCUAUCCCACGUCAGGCCCAGACUAGGGUAUCAGGUUGCACGUGAGGGACAAAGUAUGGACUCAACCCCAGUCUCCUCAUCCUUGUUACCCCCUUUUAGAAAAAUCCUUUUCCUUAACAGUUAUAACUGGGCAGAGUGUUGGGGGUGGGUGUCAGAAAGAACCACCAAGAAACCGCACCCUCUGCUUUUGGCUUCCUCCCUCCGCGUUUUCACCCUGCUCCUCUUCUGCGACUUGGGGCAACUUGGGCCCACAAACCGUUGCCCUUUUAAGAGAGGCCCCGCCUGCACGGGGGCGGGGCGGGGGCGGAGCCGGAGGAGUCCGGGCUGGAACAAAGCAAGGCCUGCGGGCGGCGGCUGGGCUCGGCUGGCGGGGCCGCGGGUGCGGGGGGCCUGCGGGCGGCGGCCCGGGCGGAGCGUUGGAGGGAAGGAGGCGGUGUCAUCCUUUGUAUCGGCCCGGCCAUGAAUGGGUUGCCCUCGGCCGAGGCGCAGGGCGGCACGGGCUGCACCCUGGCGGGUCUCCCGCCGCUACCGCGCGGCCUCAGCGGUCUUCUCAACGCGAGCGGGGGCUCGUGGCGGGAGCUGGAACGCGUCUACAGCCAGCGCAGCCGCAUCCACGAUGAGCUGAGCCGCGCCGCCCGCGUCCCGGACGGGCCCCGCUAUGCUGCCGGCGCCGCCAACGCGGGAAGUACCGCUGGUCCCCCCGGCCCGCGUCGUCCUGUCAACCUCGACUCGGCGCUAGCGGCGUUGCGCAAAGAGAUGGUGGGCCUGCGGCAGCUGGACAUGUCCCUGUUAUGCCAGCUGUGGGGCCUGUACGAGUCAAUCCAGGACUACAAGCACCUGUGCCAAGACUUGAGCCUGUGCCAGGACCUGUCAUCCUCUCUGCACUCAGACAGUUCCUACCCACCUGAUGCUGGCCUAUCUGAUGAUGACGAGCCUCCUGAUGCCAGCCUGCCCCCGGACCCGCCACCCCUCACUGUGCCCCAGACGCACAAUGCCCGAGACCAGUGGCUGCAGGAUGCCUUCCACAUCAGCCUCUGAAGAGCUAAGGGUGUGGGGGGCAGGCACCCAUGCAAAAGGCUCAGAAAUUCAUCCUUCAGCAAGUACUCAGACUCUAGUGCCUGCUUUCCCCCAUACCACCUCACCUCACAGGAGGGCAAGGCCUGGGCCCCUCAGAACUAAAACUGCCUACCCUCUCCUGUCUUGAGUUAGCUGGCACUGGGGCAGGUACCUGGGCUACAGCCUCUGCCCAUGGCACUGGACCUCCUCUUCUCCCACCUGCGUGCACUUCAGCUUGGCCAACCUUCAGUUUGGCUGUGGGUCCAAAACAUCUGGCACUAUCCUUGACAUCUCUGGGAUUGGGAUGAGUGCCUGGCUCCUAUCUCUUCAUCUUUUGCUGCCCUUGGCAGCUGCUGGCUCAGGGGCAUCCCCCCCUCUGGUCCCUGGGUUCCACUGCCUUAGACAAGGGCUCCAGGACCCAUUCCUGCACCCACCCAUGGCCAGGAGGGCCAAAGCUCCGUGCUAGAUAUUUAAGUUUAGGGGCCAUCCUCCUGGGCGCCUAGAUAAAUAAAUACUCUCUCGGCAUUA